AUGGGAUCCAUGUUGAAGAAACGAGCUAGGACACUACGAUGGUGCAAAGUAUAUAAAGCAAUUACGCUCGUGGUCUUAUCGGUGUUUAUCAUUGCUCAAUCUGUCAAGUAUACCCAGCUGCACUCGGAUAAGUUUUGGCUCAAAUUCAAAGCCAAAGAGCCCAGCCUGGAUGAGCAGCGGAAGUUCAGCACGCUCAGCCAGAAGAAACUAGAUACGCGGGUAGAUGGACCGUUCCAAUAUGGAUGUGCAGAACCAAACGUCCAAGAUCAGCCUCGCGCGAAUGCCGCGUUUGUUAUGCUAUGUCGGAACCUGGAGAUCAAGGACGUGAUCAAGAGCGUGGAGUCGAUGGAGCGGCAUUUCAACCAGUGGUUCAAUUACCCGUGGGUGUUUUUAAACAACGAGCCUUUUACUGACGAGUUUAAAACUGUGGUUGAGGACCACACCGAGAGUAAAGUGCUGUUUGGAUUGAUUGAAAUGAGCGAUUGGGAGUUUGACUCGGAUCUUGACCCCGAUGAAUUGUACGAGUGGAUGGAGUCUCAAGGUGACCGCUCUUUGCUUUAUGGCAAUUUGCAAAGUUACCACAAGAUGUGUCGUUUUUACUCGGGCAAGUUUUUCGCUCAUCCUUUGGUCAAGAGUCUCGAUUGGUAUUGGCGUGUUGAGCCCGACGUCGAGUUCUUUUGCGAUUUAACUUAUGAUCCGUUUAUCGAGAUGGAGAAACGAGGGAAAAAAUAUGGUUUUAAUGUCAUGAUUACCGACUUGUACUAUAGUAUACCGGGUUUAUUCCGCGUGGUUCAAAAUUACGUCAAGAAGAAUAAGAUUACCCCGAAAUCGAGCUGGGAGUUGUUUACCCUGAAGAGCAAGUGGGUCGUAGAAGACGACCCCGAGGGGAUAUACGAUGGGAUUUACGAAGAACGAGAUAUCAAGACGGAGAUUCAGGACCAGAUUUACUUGCACAAGUUUCUCCACGAGGAAAAAGACAAGAAGGAAUCGGUUUUUCAAAAAUAUGAAUACAUGAUGCAACGGAUAUUUGCUCAGAGCGCCAAGAUGCCGCAGAUCUAUGAAGAUCGAAUGAAUCAAGAGGAUUACAAUUUCUGCCACUUUUGGUCCAAUUUCGAAAUUGCCAGAGUGGAUAUUUUCUCCUCUCCGGAGUAUCAACAAUUAUACCAGCAUUUGGAGGCUUCGGGUGGCUUCUACAAGGAGCGGUGGGGAGAUGCACCAGUGCAUUCGUUAGCCUUGGGUUUGUUACUAGACAUGCAAGAGAUACACUAUUUCCGCGACAUUGGCUACCGCCACGAUAUAUUGGUCCAUUGUCCCGCCAAUGCCCCUGGAAAGCAGCUCGAGUACCAGCCAAGUCGAGGCUUGAAAUAUAAAGGCGACGACCAUAAAUUGAAGCUGGAUAUGCCGCGCUUUAAUGGCGUGGGGUGUAGAUGCAAAUGUCCUCUGUGGUUUAAAGAGAUGGAAAACUCUCCGUGCAUGAAGAAAUGGGCCUUGUUUACUCACGAUGAAUAUCAACGGAAGCAACCUGUGAAUAUUGAAAGGACUAAAAAGAGAAUCAGCCGGAAAAUCGACCGUCAUUUGUUUGCCGGUGGCAAAUACGGUGAUAUGGUUAUAUAG